AUGAUUGCGAGACAGUUGCUGCUAGUUAUUUGUUUGUUGGCAUUUGCGAGUGCAGAUGAUGAGUCAAAGUGGCCCAGGAAUGUUGUAGAUGUUGGGUGUGGGAUUGGGGGCAGUUCAAGAUAUUUGGCAAAAAAAUUGGGGGCGAAAUGUGAAGGCAUCACUCUUAGCCCAAUUCAGUCUAAGAGGGCUAAUGACCUUGCCCUUGCUGAAGGCCUGGCAGACAAGGCCACAUUUCACGUUGCUGACGCAUUGCAACAACCUUUUGCCGAUGGCCAAUUCAACUUGGUUUGGUCUAUGGAGAGUGGUGAGCACAUGCCUGAUAAGAAAAAGUUUGUGAGUGAGUUGGUUAGAGUGGCGGCCCCUGGAGCCACCAUUAUCAUUGUGACUUGGUGUCACAGGGAUCUGUCUCCUUAUGAAGAGUCGUUGCGUCCUGAAGAGAUAUAUCUCUUGAAUCGAAUAUGCGAUGCUUAUUACCUUCCUGCCUGGUGUUCAAUGGCUGAUUACGUCAACUUGGCCCAGUCCUUUUCUCUCCAGGAUAUCAAAGCAGCCGACUGGUCCGAGAAUGUGGCCCCAUUCUGGCCAGCAGUUAUACGCUCCGCCUUGACUUUUAAAGGCCUCAUGUCGCUCUUUAAAGCUGGAUGGAAAACCUUUAAAGGGGCCCUUGCCAUGCCUUUGAUGGUAGAGGGGUACAACAAGAAGCUAAUCAAAUUCGCCAUUAUCACAUGUCGAAAACCCGAGUGAACAACCAACAACAGCUCACCACGUGUCCAAUAAGAUGUCCAAUAAGAUUGGAAAAGACGCAUCUAACUCUGGGUUUCCGCUUUCGCUUCAAGCUGUACUACAAUAAACCGUACGCAAUUGAUUAUGGGAAUUCCCAUUUUUUAUUUUUUUUUAUUAAAAAUAUUUGCACUUUUUCCAUUCAAAUUGAAUUAAUAUAGAGCACGUGGAGAGCAGAUGGGGCAAUUGCUAUAGGACACGGUUUUGGUGAGUCCGCUAGCUCACCUAAUUUUUACUAUAAUAACACUUUUUACUGUAUUAAAUCAAGGCAGGCUUUUUA